AGGCCUAUGGUCUGAAUAAUUACCAAGAGCUUCGCUCUUUAUUUGAGAACAUAACCUACAAUGUAACCAUUUAUGAACAAUAAUUGUUUCAUUCUGCUUGUUCAUGUUGACUGAAUAACCCUGAGUCAUGGGCCACUGUUACUAUUCUCACACUGAGUCACGAGAUUUCUGACAGCCAUGUGACGUGAUACCCAAUACCGUUAUUCAAUCUCAGUCCCACUGCUUGAGAACAAUAUACGGGAGGCAAUUUAUGUAUAUAUAUAUAUAUAAACCUAAUUGUCGAACAGGCUACACAUAUUCUACAACGUCAACCAUUUAAACAAAUAUUAGAUGGAGGAAUAGCUCAAACGAAAGAGCAUACAAAUGGAUGUGCCUCAGUGUCGCGGACGGUGCCAGGCGCGUGAUACAUUGCUUUGGUACUGGGGCAGCGUUGCAUCAGCAUCCGUCAUCAGCUGAUCACUCUCAAGGUCUCCUUCGCAGAGCAUCAUGGGGAGGACACUGGAACCGCUGAUUCUAUCCGGGGACCGCAACAUCCCCUACAACUAAACCAACGUUGGUUCACCAUCAGCACCAUAAUAGGAGACCCACGCCAAAAAGAGGUCACGCAGAGAGCAUCUCGUUUUUCAUAGGUUGAUGGGAACUGGACUAACUCCUCAAAGGGAAAGGUGCGGAUUGUCGCGCAUCCACUCCACAACACUGAGCUAUAUGAAACGAAUAACAAAGACAUUUGCAAGGGACUUUGAUUUGAUAGCAUCCUAACGCAUUGGUGCCAGUUGAAUCGUGGAGGGCGGGAGAGGAAUAGCACGACUAUAGCACGACUGGUCACGGCAGGUGAAUUGCGGCUGCAGCUUUCCAGACUGUGCGUGCUUUUCCACCUGAAGAUCUUUUCUCUUGUCCUGUUUGUCAUCUUCUCAUCAAGAGCUGCUAUUUGUUAGUGAAUAUCUAUCUAUUCACUGAAGAUGGUGGAGGAGGAGAAAAAGCAGGUGACAGGAUACCUCCUGUUCUCCCUGGCCACUGCAGUCAUUGGCUCGCUGCAGUUUGGCUACAACACAGGGGUCAUUAAUGCACCGGAGCAGAAACUGCGGGCCUUCUUCAAUAACACAUGGAUGGAGAGGUAUGCCGAGCCCAUCAAACCAGGAACGUGCACCAUUGUGUGGAGCUUGUCGGUGGCCAUCUUUAGUGUGGGCGGCAUGGUGGGCUCCUUCAGCGUCGGCGUGAUGGCAGACAGAUUUGGGAGGAAAUUGUCCAUGUUCCUGGUCAACAUCCUGGCUGUGAUCGGAGGCCUCCUCAUGGGUUUCUCCACCAUUUGCUCCUCCUAUGAGAUGGUCAUCGCUGGACGCCUCGUCAUUGGCCUCUUCUGUGGCCUCUUUACCGGCCUUACGCCCAUGUAUGUGGGGGAGCUGUCCCCCACCCCUCUCCGGGGCGCCUUCGGCACCUUGCACCAGCUGGGCGUAGUGAUUGGCAUCCUGGUGGCUCAGAUCUUUGGCUUGGAGUCUCUGCUGGGGUCGGACAAGCUGUGGCCUCUGCUGCUGGCUCUGACUGUCAUCCCGGCCGUGCUGCAGUGUAUCCUGCUGCCCUUCUGUCCCGAGAGCCCCCGCUUCCUCCUCAUCAACCAGAACAAGGAAGAGCAGGCCCGCAAAGCCCUGGUGCGUCUGCGUGGCACAGAGGAUGUGAGUAAAGACAUGCAGGAGAUGAAGGAGGAGAGUUCCAAGAUGGCCAUGGAGAAGAAAGUGACCAUCCUCGAGCUGUUCCGCACCGCAGCCUAUCGGCAGCCGCUCCUCAUUGCCGUCAUGCUCCACCUCUCCCAGCAGCUCUCCGGAAUCAAUGCUGUGUUCUACUAUUCAACUGGUAUCUUUGAGUCAGCCGGUGUCACCCAACCCAUUUACGCCACUAUUGGAGCAGGAGCUGUUAACACUGUCUUUACAGUGGUAUCUCUCUUCCUGGUCGAGAGGGUGGGACGAAGGACUUUGCAUCUCGUCGGAUUGGCCGGAAUGGCCGUCAGUGCCCUGCUCAUGACUAUUGCCCUCCUGUUGAAGGGCUACUCGUCUCUGAGCUACCUGAGCAUCGGGGCAGUGUUUCUGUUCGUGGCCAUGUUUGAGAUGGGGCCUGGUCCUAUCCCAUGGUUCAUAGUGGCAGAGCUCUUCUCCCAGGGUCCGCGGCCGGCCGCCAUAGCCGUGGCCGGCUGCUGCAACUGGACCGCCAACUUCCUGGUGGGAGUCAGCUUCCCCAAACUGGAGGAGCUGUGUGGGCCUUACGUCUUUAUCAUCUUCAUGAUCUUACUCAUCUUCUUCUUCAUCUUCACCUUCAUCAAAGUCCCAGAAACCAAGGGCAAGACCUUUGACGAGAUCGCCCGCGAGUUUGGCGGAGCCCCCCCGCCCCACACCACCUCUGUGGAAGCUCCUCCCACUAGUAGCAGCGUAACACUUCCUGCCUCGCCCAUCAAGGAGAAGGUACCAUUGGUGGGGGCGGCAGCAGCAGAGGAUAAGUCCAUCUCAACUGUACAGGCGAGCUUGUAGAACCCUGUGUCAGGUCGAGGGUUAAAUGUCAGGUGUUGGGGGUCAGCAGGUUCAAAAACAGAUUCAAGCUUAAUUCUUUGGGUGUUCAGGUACAUGGGGACGAGUGAUUGAGGUGACGGGAAAUACUUUUCGUGUACAUGGAAAGCCACAACGCACACAUAUUUUGGUGGAAUACGGUAGCUAGGAUUGCUUUCUUUCAUGUGUAAUAUCUUUUUGGAAGUGUUCUCAACUUAUAGGUCAAAAUUAGGAUUUCAUUUUUUUGCCUUCUUUUACUGAGUGCAUCAUAAUUUGAAGAGCAAAGUGGGCCUAGUCAAAACAAACAACCCCAGUAGUGUUUCUGGUUAAUAGUCGUUUUAACAGUGAAACUGUAGAUUAGGGUCAAUUGCAUUGGUUUGCUUUCUUGGUUUAGAAAUAGCUUUUUUAAAUAACCCAAUAAUCCCAGAAUGAUCAUACUUGGCAUUUUUUUUCCAACAGAUGUAUUCGUGAUCAAAAUGAUGUGCUUUUACCCUAUUCAAUGUAAGAAUCUACUGAUAAAGAAUCACAUUUGGAUGGUUGAUGAAGUAAGAUGGUUGUUGUUUUCAAUGAGAGAGUACAUCUUUCACUUUAACUUAAGAUGCACCGUAUUAACCAAAUAGAAAUCAAUUAAAACUCCACAAUAGCUAAUAUACUCUUUAAAAAGCGCUUUAAGGCAAAUUAAUCAACAGAAGGAAUAAUUUGAUAAAUAUUUACCUGAGGGAGUGCUUUUACAGCUAGCCUAGUAGAAAAAUACUUUAGGAUAGCGUAGAAUUGCAUUUAACUAUAUUGACUAAGGGGACUGCAAUAGAGGUUUCAAAUUAAAAAGGAUGAAACUUUAUAUAAAGGAUGGGUAACGUUAAUAUUGAUAGUUAUUUUGGAUAUUAGAUUAUAAUAGAUUAUGAUAUGAGUUGUGAUGUUAUGAACUUGGAUUCGAUUAGAAUCAACCACAGAGAGCAAAGGACUCCAGCGAUUUUCUCUGUGGUAUUGAGUGCAAUUUUGAAUUAUUCUGCAGUGGGAGCAUUCAUAAAAAUAAAAAAAAUGAAUAUAAUUGUGACGGUUGUCUAUUCAAUGUGGAUUUGAAAUACCAAAAUGGGAGUUUAGUUGUGACCAAAUGUGAGGAUUUGUGCAAUAUUGCUUUUUAAAUACUCUACUUUGUGACCAUUUCUGAUGAUUACCAUGUGGAACAUUUUUUAAAAUAGUAAUUUAUUUAAAGAUUUCAUUGUAGAUAAAUGUUUAUUUUUUGUAGUUGUGUAAAUUAUAUGUAGUAAUUUUGCUCCAAGCACUUUCACUAUUUAUUUUGCUUAGAAAGAUGACAGGGUCAUGGCUUUGUUCUGUAUUAAUAUAAUAUAUUGUGGAUAUAUGUAUGUGUUGCACUGGGAAAAUACAUUCCUUUGAUGGUGGUGUUCAGUAUUUGACCUCUACUCUUAGGAAAAAAACGUUAUUCAAUGGCUGCACUCCCUCACUACUGUUAACAAGACUGCAAUACUGUACUAACUGAACCAUACCCAGCUACCAUAUGCAAAUUCACUUACUGUACACAUUUAUGAGUGUAUUUAUUUGUAAAUAUGUAUUUUCAAAAAUAAUAUUUAUAUGUUGAAUGUGUGCUUGUUCUGACUUAUGGGGUGCCCAUCGUCCAAUGAGUGAACAACUAUUUAGAUUGUUUCCUAGUAAUAUGCUGAAGCAUUGAGACACAUUGCUCUAUUAACUUUGUGGUUAAAGUAUUAUUUUUGUCAAAAUAUACACUGGAAAUAAAAACCAGUUCCCUUACCACUGCUCCACAACACUGCUUCCCUCACCCUCCCCCUCUUACACUUUCCACUUGCCAUCUACUUGCUUAGUAUGCACCUUAUGGUGUCCUCAGUGUGUGUCUAAAAAAAAGUGUAUUUUUGUUGUUGUUGAUGAUUGAAUCCUAUAUUGUCACAGAGAUCUAUUCCAAUUGACUUCAGAAAACCAUGUUGUUUUGAAAUGGGGUUUUACCCAUGCUGUUGGUAUUGCUAUUAUGUCGAUUUUUUUCCUGGCCUGUGUUUCAUGGCCUUCCGUUUGCUUUGAGUGAUCGUGUUUAUGAGUUCCAUGUUUCUGCGGCUUAUUUGCGCCUCUUCUUCAGCACCUUUCAGCUAAUGUGUACCGUAUGUGUCUGUGAACACAUUCUUCCUGCUUCCAAAGUCUUGUACUCUAAUUCUCCACUAGGCACCAAACAAGGGGCAUUUAAGCAACGUCUAUAGUCUCUGCCAUAAACAAUUGAAAUGAAAAUGUAUGAAAUAACCAAUGUUGGUAUUGAAUUAAAAAAUAUGGUCUAAUUAAUAUUUCAAGAUCGUGUAAAGUGCAGAAAAGAACACUUUUGAAUCCAUUUGAUAAUUGUCCUCUAUUGGGAAAAUGUAUCACACAAACAGUAUAAAUCUGGCUAUGCAAUGGCUUUUGAGACAAUGAAACAUUACAACAAACUAACAGCAAUAAUGCAUCCUCAUAUGUUACAUGUAUUCGUUUCACUUAUAUAUGAAUACAAUGUUAAAUAAAAUAUCCCACAUCCAACAAA